UUCCCUGCAGCGCAAUUUGUCAGUGUGAAUUGUGCCGCUCGUACGCAUGUCUGCUCAUUCCGGCCACAGAAGGUACGAGGACCUGACUGCUGGAAGCAUUCAAGCGUCGCUCUGCGCUCUUCAUCAUGUUUUUGUUACAGUUUUGAGCUCGUUUUCUGUCUUUUUCUCCCCCUCGUCUUCCUUCUGAAGCCUCAGAGCUGCCUGGUACCAGGAGGAGCAGCAGCAGGAGGAAGCCAAGGAGAAGAAUGCAACAUUUUACCGCUGCUCAAGUGUUAGUUCUGCACCGAUUUCCACGAUAAGGGAGAUUUUUACUCUUUUUUUUUUUUAAAGAACAGCGUUACGCCUUUGUUGUCCCCAAUGCACGGGCUCUAGAAACGAGAGGAGGAAAACGGAGGAUCGCGCUGCAACGUUGCAAGAGCUCAACAGCAAGAGAGCCAAAGGAGACCCCGAGCUGCAGGGUGUCCCCCUACACCCAGAGGAACCAUGUCAUCCACCAAAUUCAAGAAGGAUAAGGAGAUCAUAGCAGACUACGAGACCCAAGUGAAAGAGAUCCGUAACCAGCUGGUGGAGCAGUUCAAAUGCUUGGAGCAGCAGUCUGAGUCUCGUAUCCAGCUGCUGCAGGACCUGCAGGAGUUCUUCCGCCGGAAAGCAGAGAUAGAACUGGAAUACUCCCGCAGCUUAGAGAAACUGGCUGAGAGGUUCUCCUCCAAGAUUCGCAGCUCCAGAGAACACCAACAGUUUAAGAAAGAUCAGCACUUGCUGUCCUCAGUAAACUGCUGGUAUCUGGUGCUGAACCAGACGAGGCGCGAGAGCCGUGACCAUGCCACCCUCAGUGACAUCUACACCAACAAUGUUAUCGUCCGCUUGGCUCAGAUCAGCGAGGACGUCAUUCGUCUGUUCAAGAAGAGCAAGGACAUUGGGAUCCAGAUGCACGAGGAGCUGGUGAAGGUGACAAAUGAACUCUACACUGUGAUGAAAACAUACCACAUGUACCACACUGAGAGCAUCAGUGCAGAGAGCAAGCUCAAAGAUGCUGAGAAGCAGGAGGAGAAGCAAUUCAGCAAGUCCGGAGAUCUCAACGUUAACCUGCUGCGCCACGAGGACCGCCAACCGAGGCGCAGCACCGCCAGGAAAAUUGAGAAGAUGAAAGAGAAGAGGCAAGCCAAGUAUUCAGAGAAUAAGCUGAAAUGCACAAAAGCCCGGAAUGACUAUUUGUUGAACCUGGCGGCAACAAAUGCAGUGGUGGCAAAAUAUUACAUCCAUGACGUCUCUGAUAUGAUUGAUUGUUGUGACCUGGGCUACCACGCUAGCUUGGCACGCACCUUCAGGACCUACUUAUCUGCUGAGUACAACUUGGAGACGUCGCGCCACGAGGGACUGGAUAUCAUCGAGAAUGCAGUGGACAACCUGGACUCCCGCAGUGACAAGCACAAGAUCAUGGAUAUGCAUAACCAGGUGUUCUGCCCUCCGAUGCGCUUUGAAUACCUGCCACACAUGGGAGACGAGGUGUGCCAGGUCAGCGCCCAGCAGCCGGUCCAGACUGAACUCCUGAUGCGCUACCACCAGCUGCAGUCUCGCUUAGCGACACUAAAGAUUGAAAAUGAGGAGGUGAGGAAGACCUUGGAUGCCACCAUGCAAACACUGCAGGACAUGCUGACAGUGGAGGACUUUGAUGUGUCAGAUGCCUUUCAGCACAGCCGCUCCACUGAAUCCAUUAAGUCUGUGGCCUCCGAGUCCUACAUGAGCAAACUCAAUGUAGCCAAGAGGAGAGCGAACCAACAGGAGACGGAGAUGUUCUACUUUUCAAAAUUCAAGGAGUACCUGAACGGCAGUAACCUCAUCAUUAAGCUGCAAGCCAAGCAUGACUUGCUGAAGCAGACACUGGGUGAAGGGGAAAGGGCAGAGUGUGGGACAACAAGGCCCCCCACCCUUCCCCCUAAACCACAGAAAAUGCGGAAGCCUCGGCCUCGCUCCGUGUAUAACCAUAAGCUGUUUAACGGCAAUAUGGAGACCUUCAUCAAGGAUUCAGGUCAACCCAUUCCACUUGUUGUUGAAAGCUGUAUCAGAUACAUCAAUCUAUAUGGUUUGCAGCAGCAAGGCAUAUUCCGUGUGCCAGGAUCACAGGUGGAGGUCAAUGAUAUUAAAAACUCAUUUGAGAGAGGUGAAGAUCCCUUGAUUGACGACCAGAAUGAGCAUGACAUUAACUCAGUGGCAGGUGUGCUGAAGCUGUACUUCAGAGGACUGGAGAACCCCCUCUUCCCAAAGGAGCGUUUCCUGGACUUCAUCUCCACCAUCAAGCUGGAGUCUGGAGCUGAGAGAGCUCAUCACAUCCAGCAGAUUGUUGUCACUCUUCCUCGCACCAUCAUAAUCGUCAUGAGAUACCUGUUUGCUUUUCUCAAUCAUCUUUCCCAGUACAGCGAUGAGAACAUGAUGGAUCCGUAUAAUUUAGCUAUCUGCUUCGGUCCAACCCUGAUGCCCAUCCCAGACGGCCAGGAUCCUGUAGCCUGUCAGGCUCACGUUAACGAGGUCAUCAAGACCAUCAUUAUCCACAAUGAAGUCAUCUUUCCAAAUCAGCGUGAGCUUGAUGGCCCAGUGUAUGAGAAGUGCAUGACCGGGGGUGAAGAGUACUGCUCCCAUAGUGACAGCCCCCACAGUGAACCAGGAACCAUUGAUGAGGCCGAUAAUGGAACUGAACCACACACCAGUGACGAAGAGGUUGAACAGAUUGAGGCCAUCGCCAAGUUUGACUACGUCGGACGUAGUCCAAGGGAGCUGUCAUUCAAGAAGGGAGCGUCUCUGCUUCUAUAUCACCGAGCAUCUGAAGACUGGUGGGAGGGCCGACACAAUGGCGUGGACGGCCUCAUCCCACAUCAAUACAUUGUAGUACAAGACCUGGAUGAUGCAUUCUCAGAUAACCUCAGUCAGAAAGCAGAUAGUGAAGCCAGCAGCGGACCUUUACUGGAAGAUAAGGGUUCAUCCAAAAAUGAUGUCCCUUCACCAUGUGAGCAGUCACCUGAUUAUAACUUUGGAGGAGUCAUGGGGAGGGUCAGGUUACGAUCUGACGGAGCUGCAAUCCCCCGUCGUCGGAGCGGUACAGACACCCACAGCCCAACCAGAGUGGCUGACACUCCUCCACGGGCUGCGGCCUGUCCGAGCAGCCCUCACAAGGUCGCCAUCAACAAGGGUCGAAUGGAGAGCCCAGAAAAAAGACGCCUUGGUACUUUUGGCAGUGCAGGCAGCAUCAACUACCCAGACAGGAAGGCCUAUCCCGAGGGCCACCCGCUGAGACCAGUUCCAGGGGCCACUCGUCACAGCAGCCUCGGGGACCACAAAUCACUGGAGACUGAGGCUCUGGCUGAGGACAUAGAGAAGACGAUGACCACAGCGCUUCAUGAGCUGCGUGAGCUGGAGCGACAGAACACCGUCAAACAGGCUCCUGACGUGGUCUUGGACACUCUGGAGCCGAUGAAGAACCCGGUCAGCUCAGAACCUGGCAGUCCGCUUCACACCAUCAUGAUCCGCGACCCGGAUGCAGCCAUGCGCCGCAGCAACAGCUCCACCUCUGAGAUGAUGACCACCUUCAAACCCGCUCUCUCCGCCCGGCUGGCUGGGGCUCAGCUACGCCCCCCACCCAUGAGGCCAAUGCGCCCCCCUCCGACACAGCACCGCUCCAGCAGCUCCAGCUCCUCAGGUGUGGGCAGCCCCGCCGUGACUCCUACCGAGAAGAUGUUCCCAAGUAACAGCUCAGCUGCAGGCUCUAAUAUGAAUAUUUCUAGCGAUGGCGGGGAUAAGUCUGGUACCAUGUAGCAAAGGUGCAAUCUGCUAAGUGAGGAAGCUGUAAAGCUUCCAAGUGAGGGGAAAAGCUGAAGAAAAACAUGUGCCGUUGAGUGAAAAGCAGAUUUGAUUAUCUUCCUCGCUGUUUGAGUGAAUUCAUAUGUAUAGGAAGCUCCUUGAGCUUCUAAAGUGAGUUACCAUGGCGAUAAAGCGGUUAAAGAAGCUGUAGAGCCGGGAUAGCAUAAAUCGCUCAGCUGUCUUUGAAACUUGAUUUAACUACAGUAAAUGUGCAUACGAGUACGUGUAUUUUUGUUUUACCUCAGUUCCAACAAAGGUCUGUGGCCUCGUGCUCUCGUUUUGGAGACACUUUGGAUGCAAGUGAAGCAAUACUUGUGUGAAAUUUGGUUUUUCAGCCAUCACAUGUAGUCCAGCUGAUGUUUCGGUCACUGCUGUUGAUGUGUGAAGACACCUCAGCUGGACUUCAAACUAAAAUACCACGUCUGUUUACCAUUUAGGGCACAGGCCUUAUGGCUGUACAUACCAACUUACUUGAAUUCACCAUGCUUUCUGUUUGUAUUAUAAUACAGUGGAUGUUCAGCAAAGUAAAAACAUAGUGAUAUUUAAUUGUGCAUGCAGGGACUGGAAAAAAUAAGGGACACAUUAAAGAUUUAAUAGAUUUGCAAUGAUAUGGUCAGUGAACAAGCUUGUUAAUUAUUUUAAGAAUAAAAAAUUUGUUUAAAACCUUAUUCACGACUAAAAUCAAGUUUCACAUGUCCGAAUGUUUGAAAAACUAAUACCUUGUUAUCAGACAGUGUUAUGUUUUAAAGUUGCCAUUUGUGUGGCAUAACGACAAAAGAUGAAGCAUCGUGGCAUGAAGGUGACCUCUGAAGUCUUACUAAUCAAUAUGACAAUACUAAAAGCAAGUCAUCCACCACCGUCAUGCAGUUGAACAGUGGGCAGACUAAUGUGGCUGUUUCCAUGCGUUUUUUUUCUCUGUACUGUAUAAAUGAAAUGCAGGAAACUAAUGCACCAACUCAUGUAGGAGCCCUGUGGUAAACUUGUACAUAAUAUAUAGCUAGUAACUUUUAAGUGUUAAGCGUGUACAGGUUAAUAUGGGAGAGAAAAAGGCGAAGAGAUGGUGUGAAUGACGCUUGUAAAGAUCAUGAACCGCCUCUUUAUCAUCUCCAGUAAGAUCAGACGUUUUAUUUGACUGUAAAAUAGAGUUGUAUGCCAUGUACUGUGUGCUUAGAAUGCAUUUGGUAACUGUACUGUAGAAAACUAAUUGCUGUUGAACAGACCACCAAGGCUGAAUUUAUGCUCUCCAUUAUGUUUUUGACUUAUUUUCCCAUCCUGACACAGUUUGCAGAAGUGUUUCCUGUUCAGUUCUGAUUCCAAUGAAUUCUGAUUCAUUUCUAAAGAAACAGGAAAAAGUCCCCUGUGACAUUUCCUCUUUCAUAUUCAAACUGCUAUGCUCAUCCUUGAAGAACCUGAGUAGUAGAUGUUGUAACUGUACUAUUAGAGCAGCCUCCUUCCUUUCUGCCUUCUGGUUUUUAUUGGAGGAUAACUGAAUAAGAACAUUUAAGUGUUUAUAUCUACUGUACCUCUUGUCAUUCUGACAGCUCUAAUCCAGAGACCUUGUAAUCCGCAUCCCAAAGAGCCUGCUCUGUUCUGCAUGUUUUGCGCUGUAAUGUGGGACUCGUAUUAUGUCAGACUCGAUGGCUGUAUGUGGUGCCUUGCCUUGGUGAAACGCACAAAUUAGUUCAAUACUGAUUGAUUUUUUUUUCUUCAAAGAAACUGGCCUUAAUAUUUCCGGGGUUGAGAAUAAUGAAUUAAGCCACUUGUAGCAGUUACUAAAAUAAAAACGAAGAAUAAAACAACGCUUGAUUGAAGAAAAUCAAAAAAGAAACAAGAAAAUUAAACUAACUGAAUCCUUAGCAUGUAAACCGGGCACUGAUUCCACUGUCAACUACAGAUGUGUGCUGUGAAUUGAAAAUAUUUGCUUGCUGUCAAUGCAAUGUUUACUUUUUAAUUGUCACAGACGGAUGUAAUAAAAUCCAGGGUGGGAGGAUUGUUAAGAACAGAGAGCUUGUACACCCAGAAAAAAAAAAAAGGCAAUAUAGCAUUUAAAGUCAAAUAGUGCACUCACACCCUCUGCUGGUUCGUCCUGGUAUUGCUUACUCUUGUCCUGAACCGACAGAUGCUGUCACCUCUCACGGGCAUUAUAAUCUGGAGCAUUUAUUACGAUGCCUAAACUCGUCCAUGUUGUUCUAAUCGUCUUAUCGUCCUGGUUACGAUUUUGCACCAUCUAUGAAGUUGAUGUUACGAAAAAAAAAAAAAAAAGCAUUCGUUUAUUGAAAUACGAAGAAAGCACACAAUUUUCAAAGGUAAAAUAAUCAUGUUUAACUAGUUUUUUUUUUUUAUUAUUAUUUAUAGACACUUGUGUAUGUGGAGCAGGAAAUUUGAGUGCCUUUUGCGCACAACAUCAAUUUUUAUUGGACUUUUACUUUUUUACUUUUCUAACUGUAAUAUGUUGUCUAUUAGUUGUCAUGUUCGUUAUGAACAAAUGUUGCCUUGUUGUCCUUAAUUUCUAAUGCGACUCAUUUGUCAAGCCACCAUAAGGAUGAAAUGCGUUGUGUAAAGAUAUUCCACUUUGAGUCUCAGAAGAAUCAUCAAGAUCCGCUCGUCUGUGUUUGGGUGAACCCUGGAGAACGGGACUCAUAAAAACUACUGUAUACAUAAUCUACUGGUAAAGUUCAGUAGAAUCAUCUCAAAAUAUUUCCUUCGUCUUUUUUUGUUUCUUUGUUUUCCCUGUGAACUGCCUGUGCUGUGGUUGAGCCUUUAAUUCUCGUCAUUUAGCUCCUUCUCUUUGAAGGAAAAGUCAUUGCAGUGUUGUUGGUAACAGCAGGACUGACUCUCAUCGUCCCCAUGUAUGAUGCUACGCUGACAUUUUCUUUCCUGGAAUGUAUGUUGAAAAAUGGGUUACACUGUUUGUCUGCUGACAUGAGGAGACAGUACGCUAAUAUUCCAAUAGAACAUCACAGAGAGAGCAGAAAGAAGCCCUGCAGGGGGGAUCAGAGUGUGAGCUGCUGUCACACUGUUUACCUUCUCUUUAGCUGUUUGUCUAGUGAUGCUGUUUGUUGAUGAGUGUCUGGUUGGUUCAAACCUGUGAUGUAAUGUACAUCAGACCACUGACUGGGUGUUGAAAACUCCUGCGUCCAAAUAAAAACCAUUAAGCUCUGUGA